AUGUUUCCCACAAUCUACAAAAAAUCCUCUAAUUCCACCUACCACAACCAAAACUUACCCAACAACAACUACAACUCCCCCUACCACAACUACAUCUCCUGCAACAACUUCCCCAACAACAACCACAACUCACCCAACAACAACUACAACUCCCCCAACAACAACCACAACUCACCCAACAACAACUACAACUCCCCCAACAACAACCACAACUCCUGCAACAACAACCACAACUCCACCAACAACCACUACAACUCCCCAAACAACAACUACAACUCCUGCAACAACAACUCCCCCAACAACAACCACAACUCACCCAACAACAAUACAAACAACCAAAACUUACCCAACAACAACUACAACUCCCCCUACCACAACUACAUCUCCUGCAACAACUUCCCCAACAACAACCACAACUCACCCAACAACAACUACAACUCCCCGAACAACAACCACAACUCACCCAACAACAACUACAACUCCCCCAACAACAACCACAACUCCUGCAACAACAACCACAACUCCUGCAACAACAACCACAACUCCUGCAACAACAACAACCACAACUCCCCCAACAACCACUACAACUCCCCAAAUAACAACUACAUCUCCUGCAACAACAACUCCCCCAACAACAACCACAACUCACCCAACAACAACUACAACUCCCCCUACCACAACCACAACUACAUCUCCUGCAACAACUCCCCCAACAACAACCACAACUCCCCCAACAACCACUACAACUCCCCAAACAACAACUACAUCUCCUGCAACAACAACUCCCCCAACAACAACCACAACUCACCCAACAACAACUACAACUCCCCCUACCACAACCACAACUACAUCUCCUGCAACAACUCCCCCAACAACAACCACAACUCACCCAACAACAACUACAACUCCCCCUACCACAACCACAACUACAUCUCCUGCAACAACUCCCCCAACAACAACCACAACUCCCCCAACAACCACUACAACUCCCCCAACAACCACUACAACUCCCCCAACAACAACUACAUCUCCUGCAACAACUCCCCCAACAACAACCACAACUCCCCCAACAACAACUACAUCUCCUGCAACAACAACUCCCCCAACAACAACCACAACUCCUGCAACUACAGGAUCUCCAUCCUCUGGAGACCCCUGCCAUCGCCGACCCUGCUCUCCUGGUUUGGUCUUCAGAGAGUCCUGCACCUGCUGUACCUUUGCCUCUAUGACUCCAACCACAUCUCCCAAAAGAACAACUCCCCCAACAACAACAGCAACAACCCCAACUCCUGCAGCUACAGGAUCUCCAUCCUCUGGAGACCCCUGCCAUCGCCGACCCUGCUCUCCUGGUUUGGUCUUCAGAGAGUCCUGCACCUGCUGUACCUUUGCCUCUAUGACUCCAACCACAUCUCCCAAAAGAACAACUCCCCCAACAACAACAGCAACAACCCCAACUCCUGCAGCUACAGGAUCUCCAUCCUCUCGAGACCCCUGCCAUCGCCGACCCUGCUCUCCUGGUUUGGUCUUCAGAGAGUCCUGCACCUGCUGUACCUUUGCCUCUAUGACUCUCCCAACAACAACCACAACAACAACCACAACUACAACUACUACAUCCUCUGGAGACCCCUGUACAGUGGGUCAGGUCGAGCACUUGCCUGA